AUGUGGAAAAGUUCAAUUGAUUGUAAUCAAAACUUAUUAAGCGCCAAACAUUGUGUUAAAACAAGAUUAUUUUUUGGAAACUAUCAAAAUACUAAACAUCCAGAAAUUAGAUUUUAUUUAUAUACAAGGAAUAACUUAUACGAAGGGCAAGAAUUAAAAUUAUUUGAGAGAAAAACUAUUGUUCAAUCAAAUUUCAAUAUUAGAUGGCCGAUAAGAAUAUUUAUACAUGGUUGGAGAGCUGGACCUCGAAGUUGCGCUUGUGGUAUAAUAAAAGAUGCAUAUUUAAAUACAGGAAAUUAUAAUAUUAUAAUUAUGGAUUGGAGUGAUUUUGCUUGUAAGCAAUUAGAAUCGGCAUCAAAUAAUGUUAAAUUUGCUGGUGAAAAAUUAGCUGAAUUUACGACUUUCUUAAAAAAAUCAUUUCGAAUUCCAUAUGAAAGAAUAUAUUUGAUUGGACAUAGUUUAGGGGCGCAUGUUGCCGGGCAUGCCGGAUUACUUAUAUCACCACGUAAAUAUAAUACAAUAUUUGCAUUAGAUCCAGCUGCACCUUUUUUUUCUGGAAAAAAUCCCUCUGAUAGAUUAGAUCCAACGGAUGCUAAUUAUGUUGAAUCAAUAACAACAGCUAUUCAUAUGGCCGGCUAUAGUAAACCUAAUAUAGGACAUUCAUCAAUUUAUCCGAAUUUUGGUGAUAGAUAUCAACCAGAAUGUGCACGAAAAAGAUUUCGACAUAACUUAAAAGAAAUGAAAGAUGGAAAAGUUGGAAGAUUUUGUAAAUAUUAUAUGGGUGGUGAUCCUUCAAGACCAAAGGAUGGUGUAUUUUAUACUUAUAUCAAAAAUUAUUGA